CCCUCUUCCUCCUCCUCUUCCCCUCCUCCUCGAAUCCGCCUUCCCCGUGUCCUCCUCCCCCGCCGCCCACCGCGCCGCCCUGCCCAUGCUGUCUCUUUGCGCGGGCGCGGUUCGCAGGUCCAUUGGGCCACUGCUUGUGUUGAGGAUGACAUUAGGAACAGAAAUUACUAGCCAGCUUAAGGCUUCUUCAUACAUAGCAUCAGGCCGAAACCUUUUGAGAUGGGACCUGUCACCAGAGGAAAUUAGAACAAGAACAGAAGAACUUAUGAGGAAGACAAAGCAUGUCUAUGACAGAGUCGGGAUGCUUGAUAUUGAAGAAGUAACACAUGAAAAUACUGUACGGGCUUUGGCAGACAUAGAAGUGGAAUACGCAGUGGAAAGAAGCAUGUUGGAUUUUCCCCAGCACAUUUCACCUGACAAAGAGGUACGCUUAGCAAGUACAGAAGCUGACAAAAAGCUUUCUAAUUUCGAUGUGGAGAUGAGCAUGAGAGAAGAUGUGUUUCAGAAGAUUGUUUAUUUACAGCAAAACUGCAAUCUUGAAAAUGUAAAGCCUGAAACAAAGCGAUAUCUAGAGAAAUCAGUCCAAGUGGGAAAAAGAAAUGGACUCCAUCUUCCUAAAGAAGUACUGAAUGAAAUAAAGACAAUGAAGAAAAAAUUGAAUGAGCUGUGUAUAGACUUUAACAAAAACCUGAAUGAGGACAACACAUUUCUUGUAUUUCCUAGGGAAGAACUUGAUGGCCUUCCUGAUGACUUUAUUAAUAGUUUAGAGAAGACUGAGGAAGACAAAUAUAAAGUAACCUUGAAAUAUCCCCACUAUUUUCCUGUUAUGAAGAAGUGCUGCAUUUCAGAAACAAGGAGAAAAAUGGAAUCUGCCUUUAACUCGAGAUGCAAAGAGGAGAACACAAAAAUUCUUCAGCAAUUGCUUCCACUACGGGCAAAAGUAGCAGAGCUUCUUGGUUAUAAUACACAUGCCAACUUUGUCCUGGAGGUAAACACUGCAAAGAGCACAGAUAAUGUAACAACCUUCUUAGAUGAUUUGAGUAAGAAGCUAAAGCCACUGGUUGAAGAAGAAAGAGAAUUCAUUUUAGAUUUGAAGAGAAAGGAGUGUCAAGAAAGAAACUUUGAUUAUGAUGGAAGAAUCAAUGCAUGGGAUCUUCAUUAUUAUAUGAACAAAACUGAAGAGCUGAAGUACUCUAUAGAUCAAGAAAAACUGAAGGAAUACUUCCCAAUUGAGGCUGUUACAGAAGGCUUACUGAAUAUUUACCAGGAGCUGCUGGGACUUGUAUUUGAGCGAGUAGAAAGUGCUCAUGUUUGGCAUGACAGUGUUACUCUUUAUGCAGUAAAGGAUAAAUCAACAGGAGAAAUGUUAGGGCAGUUCUAUUUGGAUCUUUACCCCAGAGAGGGAAAGUAUGGGCAUGCAGCAUGCUUUGGUCUACAGCCUGGCUGUCUCCUUUCUGAUGGCAGCAGAUUGAUGUCUGUUGCUGCUCUGGUAACCAACUUCACAAAACCAGCAUUGGAUCGUCCAUCAUUACUGCGACAUGAUGAAGUAAAGACUUACUUCCAUGAAUUUGGUCACGUAAUGCAUCAGAUAUGUGCACAGACUGAUUUUGCUAGGUUUAGUGGAACUAACGUGGAAACAGAUUUUGUAGAGGUACCUUCACAAAUGUUUGAAAACUGGGUGUGGCAGAAAGAACCACUACAGCAAAUGUCAAGACAUUAUAAAGAUGAAACCCAUGUUGGAGACACUCUCCUUGAGAAACUUGCUGCCUCUAGACUGGCUAAUACAGGCCUUUUAACCCUCCGUCAGAUUGUUUUGAGCAAAGUUGACCAGGCACUGCAUACAAAGCUAUCUGUUGACCCAGCGGAUGAAUAUGCUAAAUACUGUAUGGAGAUUCUAGGAAUUCCUGCCACUCCAGGAACAAACAUGCCAGCUACUUUUGGACAUCUGGCAGGUGGUUAUGAUGGUCAGUACUAUGGAUACCUGUGGAGUGAAGUGUUUUCUAUGGAUAUCUUUUAUAGCUGCUUUAAGCAAGAGGGAAUAAUGAAUCCAAAGGCUGGGAUGAAAUACAGAAACCUUAUUUUGAAACCUGGAGGAUCUUUGGAUGGAAUGGAUAUGCUGCAAAAUUUCUUGGGGCGUAAACCAAACCAAAGAGCUUUCUUAUUGAGUAAGGGAUUAUGUGUUCAGUAAAAUGAUGAUUCUUUUGUAAUGGCAUAUAAGUAUGGAAUGAGCUGGAAAUGUCGGUGUAUUUCACAUCUUGACUGUGUAUCACUCUAGGCGAACUGGGUCAGUUUUUGAUGAUUUUUUAAAUUGUAAAAAUAAAAAUAUGAUUUUUAAAAAAAAAUUCAUAGGACUACAAAAUUCAACACAUCAGGGAAAAAACUGAUAUGUGUGAAGCUGAGGAAUUUGGAUGGUAAUUCUUUUUAAUUGUUAUGAAAUAAUACUAAUCAAUAUGGGGAUUUGAUGCCAUAGUUCUCUUUUAAUAGAUGUACUUAAAUUGUGUCUUGUGAGUGAAUUUUAAAUCUGGAGGGGAUAAAAAGGACACUACCAGCAAUAAAAGAAACAAAUUCUUUCUUAUUCUGUAUUUUCUGUUGUAUUGACUGCUCACUUUGUCUCUGAUGGAGAGGAAGCGUGUUGGUUUUUGUUAUUGUUUGGGUUCAGUCUCGCUUCCUGACAAAUUUCAAGACUGAGAACCUGCCCCAAAGAGCUUUACGCCAGAGAUGUGUGAUACUUUUAGACUUCAUUCUGAUGCAUGUUAAAUUCUUAUAUCAUUUAUAUACUUACACAGUAUAAUUAAAAAAAGAAAAAAAAAAACAG